AUGGCUCGUGCUCACCGUGUUGCGCUCGCGUCUACAUUCCUUAUUACUCUCUAUAUUCUCGCAUUGUAUACUAUUCUUCCAGUCCCACUAGUCGAUGCAGAAGUCGCCAAAGAUGUUCUACCGCUGAUUCCAUGGUGGCUGUUGGUUUCCUUUGGUUCAUACUCGCUAUGGAGCCUUGGCUGGGGCUUGUUCACAUUCAGAGAUUGUCCAGAGGCAUAUGAGGAGCUGCUUAAGGAAAUAAAUGAGGCCAAAAACGACUUGCGUACGAAGGGAGUUACUGUCGAUUGA